AUGACGAUGCCCGACGUGACUGAAGGCGCGACGAUUGAAGACUUCUCCACGUCGAGCGCCCCUGCUUUGCACAUCAAGCAGCGCAUCACCAGCAGCAGCAGCAACGCUCCACCUCGUCGCGUGUACGACAGCGACCGGUUCAAGCUCGUGCAGCGCCGUCGUGCUUCGAAUAGUCCGAACCACGCUCUGUCGUCAUGUUUUCAGCCAAUCAGCGAUCGAGACGAGAAUGCGGAGAUGGCCCGCGUCAUUGACCCAGUGUUUGCUCGAGCUGUUGAGACUGCGGAUCAGAAUCAGAAUCAGGACAACGUGAAGACUACAAAGAAGAAGAAGAAGAAGAAGGAGGCGACGCCGCAGCCGGUUGUGCCGAAUCAGAUAUUCGAAACGUGUGUGAGUGCUCGAGGUGACGUUGCGACACGAACGUACGUGAAAGGCAAGUUUCUCGGCAAGGGAGGAUUUGCGCGCUGCUAUGAGCUGACGUGCAAGCAGACAGGGAAGAGUUAUGCUGCUAAAGUGGUGGCCAAGAGCUCACUGUUGAAACUGAAGACCAAGCAGAAAUUUACGUCGGAGAUUAAAAUUCACAAGUCGCUGCAUCACCCACAGAUUGUACAGUUUGAGCAUUUCUUUGAAGACGAAGACAAUGCAUACAUUUUGCUAGAGUUGUGUCGCAACCAAUCAAUGGCGGACUUGAUGCGGCGGAGAAAGCGACUGUCCGAGAGCGAAGUGCGGUUCUACAUGCGUCAACUCGUGGAAGGACUGGCAUACUUACACGAAGCCCUGGUGAUUCAUCGCGACCUUAAGUUGGGGAACCUAUUUCUCACGUCAGACAUGCGUCUGAAGAUUGGCGACUUUGGUCUUGCGGCUCGACUUGAUGAUCCUGAAGACCGUAAGCGGACCAUGUGUGGCACACCCAACUAUAUUGCACCUGAGAUUUUGAAUGGACAGCGGGGCGAUGGACACAGUUUCGAAGUAGAUAUUUGGUCUACUGGUGUUGUCAUGUACACGAUGCUUGUGGGAAGACCCCCAUUCGAAACAAACGACGUCAAGGCCACCUACAAGCUUAUACGUGCCAAUCAGUACGACUUCCCGGAGACGGUGCAUGUUUCACGGUUGGCCCAAUCGCUUGUUCGUAGAAUCCUGCGCAAUGAUCCUGGUGCGCGACUUUCACUGGAUCAGAUUUUGAAGCAUCCUUUCUUGGCCGAUGAGUUCGUGCCGGCAAGUUUGCCACGAACUGCACUGCUUGUGACACCACCUUCAUGCAAACAUCAAUCGUUUGCUACCCGUCAUAGUGACAACGAAGAUUUUGCAGGCUCAGCUGAAGAUGUCGACUCGACGCCGUCUGCUGCAUCAAAGCAGUAUCCGCUCCUGACGAGCGAUGUGAAUGCUCACACUCAGCGCGCUUCCGAUCCCGGGGCAUUGCCCAACCUAUUGCAGUUGCUGCCUCGUGCUCAUAAACGCGACGGCUCUGGGAAAACGGCAGGGCUUCUAGGUUCGACUACAACACAGCUGGCACCUAGUGGUAGCACUACAGCUGUCAGAUUAUCGCACAACAGGACAACGAGUGCCCAGGUUUGUUUCCAAGACGUGUUGGAGUCGGCGUAUAAGACAUUAUCACGAUUUUUCUACCUGCAAGAGCACACUCACAGCAGCGAAGGCGGCGACACAAGGUUAAGUGGGUCGUCCCCUGCUGCUACAAUCGUUGCUGCAGCACAAAGACUGAAGAAGAUUCGCGCCGAGGCAGAGGCUGUCUGUCCGCUUGUUCCCGCGACGUUGUGGAUAUCGCAAUGGGUCGACUACACGUCAAAGUAUGGUAUCGGCUACAUGCUUUCGAACGGUGGAUCGGGAGUGUACUUCAACGACUCUACUAAAAUGAUAUCAUCGGCAGACGGACGGGUCUUCGAGUACAUUGAACGCCAAAGCAGUCAUAACCCAGGUUUAGAAUCUCAAGUCCACUACACAAUGGACAAUUACGAUCAUGCGCUCAACAAGAAAGUGUCGCUACUUGGCCACUUCAAAGGCUAUUUAGUGGAUGCCCGUGCAGAAAAUGACGAGGCAGAUAUUCUCGAAAGUCAGCUCGCCAGGUCUUUCGUGCUAUCGUCUCGUGGAGUUGACACGGAUAUCGGGACGCUUGAAAACUGUAGUGGCGAUGGUUCCACCCAACGAAUGGUGUUUGUGAUGAAGUGGGUCAAGACUCGUCAUGCGGUGCUUUUCCAGCUCUCUAACAGAACAAUUCAGUUCAAUUUCUUCGACAAGUCGAAGCUUAUGCUAUCCGCAAACGCUUGUGUUGCGACGUAUCUAAAUCGUGAUGGUGACCUGGCUGUGUUUCCAUCCGCAACGGCCAUCCUCACAUCCGAGCAACCCGAUCUAGGCAAGCGCUUGCGUUACGCCAAAGAUAUGCUGCAGCAAAUGGUACGUGCGACGGAGUCCAAGAUAAAAGGUAGUGCAGCUUGA